UUUAACCGUUGGCCUUCUUCUAGACUUCACUGCAGCCGUUAACUCAGCCAGUCCAAGAUGUAUUCUAUAGUUGUUUUUACUGAAAAGAAUGAGACAGAGGUGAUACCAAGUGACUGGCUGAGCAUCGACAAAAAAAUUUCCUUUUGGCCCCCAUAUAAUAGUACAAAAUGUAGAAAAGCGGUUGAAAAAAAUGAAACUCCGGAUGAAGAAUGGAACGAAUAUAUAACUGAAUGGGUGGCUGAGUAUGAUUCCUAUGAAAAAGCCAGAAGAAAGCUGGUGAAGUUUUGUAAAGGCAACAGUUUGGAGUCUACAGAUGAGGACAGUGUACGGAAAAGAGUACCAUCAUCAAAAUAUGUAAAUGGAUUUACAUCAGGAAGACCUCCAGUGCAGGCCUCAACAAGCUGGCUCCACACAGAGACAAUGGAAAGACCAAAAAAAAAAAACUUCUGCAGUAAUGGAGCCAAAAGACUGAAAUUGCCAGCCAUACCACCAUUUGCACCAUCAGCACCUGCUAUGACAGUCCCUGAACCAAGACAAGAUGAUGCAGCCAAAAAACAAGGAGCAAAAGUGGUGGAAGCCGAGGAAAAAAUAAAAACCUGGCUGAAGUAUAGUGGAGACCGAAAUGGAGGAAGAAAAAAAAGAGCGACAGAAAAAGAAAAGCAGAAGCCUCAAGCAGAUUCCAGCAGCUGUGAAAGUGAAUGAGUAUGCUGCUACUUCUCCUCCGCUCCGUCUAAAUCAUCAGAACCACACACAAUCUCUAAUUUGCUUCAAAAAACUCUGCAGAAUCCGGAAGAGAGUCUGCACAUUUUCUCAUUAAACUGCAAUAAGUUAAUUUUGUUACCAAUAAAUUCAUUUUUAUAACCAA